AGCGGCUGAAAGGCGGAAGUGGAGGCCGGAGCCUGGGACACCGCUGGGGGGGGGGAGAGGAGCGAAGCCUGUCCGAGCCGCGGCCCCGAGUAACGCCGCCGUCCCCGGAGCCACCUUGGAGGCCCCCCUCCCCACAAGUGCCUCUUUGUACCACACCGGCCUCCACCCCGCGCUCACUGGUCCCACCACACGCAACAGACCAUGGCGGGUCGGGGAGGCGCAGCGCGACCCAAUGGACCAGCCGCCGGAAACAAGAUCUGUCAGUUUAAGUUGGUCCUGCUGGGGGAGUCUGCAGUGGGCAAGUCCAGCCUUGUCCUCCGCUUCGUCAAGGGGCAAUUUCACGAGUACCAAGAGAGCACAAUUGGAGCGGCCUUUCUCACACAGACCGUCUGCUUGGACGACACGACGGUGAAGUUCGAGAUCUGGGACACAGCCGGCCAGGAGCGGUAUCACAGCCUCGCCCCAAUGUACUACCGGGGGGCCCAGGCUGCCAUUGUGGUAUAUGACAUCACCAACACAGACACAUUUGCACGGGCCAAGAACUGGGUGAAAGAGUUACAGAGGCAGGCCAGCCCCAAUAUCGUCAUUGCACUCGCAGGCAACAAGGCAGACCUGGCCAGCAAGAGAGCCGUGGAGUUCCAGGACGCACAAGCCUAUGCAGACGACAACAGUUUGCUGUUCAUGGAGACCUCAGCAAAGACUGCAAUUAACGUGAAUGAAAUUUUCAUGGCAAUAGCCAAGAAGCUUCCCAAGAACGAGCCCCAGAAUGCAGCUGGUGCUCCAGGCCGGAACCGGGGUGUGGACCUCCAGGAGAACAACCCAGCCAGCCGGAGCCAGUGCUGCAGCAACUGAGCCCUCUGCCUGCCCACUGCUCCCGCCUCCUCCGCCUGGAUGACCCGACUGGAAUCCACUCUAACCAAUCGCACUUAACGCUUCGGGCCGCUGGGGGCAGGGAGAGGCUCCACCAUGAUUUCUCUAUGUAACUUUGAUCAUAGGCCGGAGUGAGCUAUUCCACCCGCACCUUUCUGUACAAAUACUAAUUCAAUUUUAAGUCUUAAGUCACUUUUUUAAUAUAUAUGAUCUGCUCUUCCCACUUCCUCCCCUCUCUGCUGGUCUCCCACUUGUCCUUUGCUGGGAGUAGCCAUGUGCUCCCGGACCCCGCCCUUGUCCAAGGGCACAGGGACGAGGGGUUGGAGUGGUUUCCCUUCCUUUCCCUCCCGUCCAGCAGCCGACUCCACAGGAGCAUCCACGCCCUCCCCUCAUGUGGAGCCGUCUCCCUUGGCUGGGGGCAGUGGGGCAAGCCUCGGGACAGGGGACGGAAUGGCAGCUCCUCCCUGCGUAGUGGCUGGCCUCAGGCCCCUGGCGCCCCACUCGGGGAGACCCCGCAGCAUUACCACAGCAUUACCGUGACAGCCACGAGCCCAUUGCCCAUGACCCCUCCACCCUCGGUCACCCCAACCUCUGGCUCUGAGCCCGGUUCCGACCAAAUCACGAUGAUGAGUAUUUGGGGGUGGGUGGGAGAGGGGGGGAGCGGGAGGGGAUGGAACCAACUUUUUCUGUAUUUUGUAUUGUAUGUUUUCUUCAACAUGUAACCAAUCAGUAUCUUGUCAAUAUAGUCAGCCGAUCAGUGGACCUCA